AUGUCGAAGAGCAAUUUGGUUUCUUCAAGCCCUAACCCUAGCUGGAAAGGCUCUGGAGUCGGCGCGGUGGGAUCCAGGGAGCAGUUGGAGACGAUCUUCAACAAGUUCGACAAGAACGGUGACGGAAAGAUCUCCUGCGACGAGCUCAGGGACGUGUUCGGUGAGCUAGGGUCCGAUACUUCGUCGCUGGAGGAAGUGCGCAGCAUAAUGGCGGAGUUCGACAGAGACGGCGACGGCCACAUUGACAUCCUGGAGUUCGCGGAGAUCAUGAAUGGCGGAUCGAGCCAAGAGCUUCGCGACGCCUUCGACCUCUACGAUCUCGACAAGAACGGACUGAUCUCGGCGAGUGAGCUUCACGAGGUGAUGAAGCGAUUGGGGCUGAAGUGCUCGCACCAGGACUGCGUGAAGAUGAUCCGCAACGUCGACGCCGACGGCGAUGGCCACGUCAACUUCGACGAGUUCAAGAAGAUGAUGACUCCCCGUUGA